GGUAACUUCCAGACUUCCAUAAAAACAUUUUUAAUGAGAAAAAUCUGAAAACUAUGCUACUAAUUGCACUGAUGAGAAAAUCUAAAUUACUUUCAUAUAACUGAUCUGUGGUACCUAACCUCUUGUAGUUUCUAUGCUUUCUUCUAAGUGUUUUCUAAAGAAACUGAGGUGGAAAGUGAGUGGUCACCUGAGAAAGAUCAUUAUGUUAAAGAUAACUAAAAGUUUAUAGUGGAUUGUUCAUUUUCGAAGUAAAAAAUUAGUUACCCUUCUAAUUUUUCAGUGAUUCUUAUAGCUUUUAGUAAUACUUAUAUUUGGAGCACAAAUAUUUAUUUAAAGGGUCACUACAUGUCAUACCAAAAUUUAAAAUACCCCAAUUAGGGUUGGGGAAGUAUUUCUCAGUCUGCUUUUGUGUAAGAUCUAUUUUGGGCAUCUGGAAGCACGUAGGAUGGGACAAGACACAUGGUAGGCUUCGGUUAAGAACAGAGGAAGUAGGAUAAUGACAUCACAAACUAUCAGGAAACUGCCUUAGCUGGGCAAAACGGCCACUUGGUUAAGAGGAGGGGACAGUUUUGGUCACUGGUGAUCAAUGACUUUCUAUUCUUAACCACUGAUUUAAAAGACACAAAGAAAACUGAAGUGGGCCUGCAGUUAAUACUAGUUGACUGUGCCAAGAAUUUGGUAGCCUGAAACAGUAUGGCUAUAGAACCUAGAGGAUCUUCAUAAAGCCCUUACCUUUUCUUAUUAAGGAGAUAAAAGAUGCUUGAGUAGUCCCUCCCUUACCACAGGGAACCUACCCAGCAGGUAGUUGGCAGAGUAAGGAUGUGCACACAGAUAAACCCAAGGAUUCACAUUUGGCACAAUUCAAGCCUUUUAGGAAGUUAGGAGGGAAGAAGAUUUUCUUAACUAGAAAUACUUUAUGAAGGAGUUGGGCCUUGGAGGAUAGAUAAAAUUUUUUAAAGGUGGAAGUGAGGGAAUGAGGAAGAUGAGUUCAGGAAAUGAACUGGAGAUUAUUCCUUUUGUCUGGAGUGCUCAUGACAGAGGGGUAAUAAGAUGAGACGAAGAAGAUAGGCUGGAAUCUGGAGAAUUUUGAAAGCACGACUGUCAAAUGUAAAGUAUUUUUUUAUUGCAGUAUUUGAAAAACUGCCGUUUAGUGAUUUGUGACCAGCAUUUUCUUUUUAAAUGAAAUAGAAUAGGAAAUAUCAGAAUACAUUAUUUUUAUAAGGAUUGUUUGUGAAACUUUUGCUCCAGGUAUGUGUGUUACAUGUAUACACACAUUUACUGGAACCUGAUGUAAAGUUUCUAAAGGAGUCUUAGUCGAAGUUAGAAAUCCACUGCUUUACUUGACUAUGAGGAACAGAGGAUUUUAAGUACAAGCAUUAAAGGCUCAAAGCAAACUUGAAGAUUAAUUUGGCAGGAUAGUACUAUGAAGGAAAGCGAGAGUCCGGAUGAUGAGAGACCAGUUUGGAGGUUACUGCUGUGCUUCAGAAUGAUUUGUCCAUAAUGAGAAUGAUAGUUCUGGAAAUGGAAAGGAAUCAAGACUUGGGGAAUGAUAACCCUACUAUAUAUGACAAAUUGAAUGUUCGCAUGGAAAAGAUGGGAGGGAGGAAUCAAAAAAAAAGUGUAAGAUUUGUAGCCUGGGUACUUGAAUGAUAAUACAGUAUCUUUAAUAAGAGAAUAUUGGAAAAGCUAAUUCUGUGAAGGCAAGAUGUAUAGGUAAGCUGAGUUGAAGUGUGCCUGGCACUGGUUCAGAAGGGCUAGGUCUGAAGAUAAAGACUUGGUAGAUGGCUAUCUACAUCUGACCAUUGAACCUCUGCUGGUAGAAAGGGUUCAUUACAAGAAGAGGUUUGAAGAGCCAUUAAAAUAGAUUCUACAGAGUCCUCACUGUGUGUUUUCAGAUGCUUCAAAUGUUAUGAACAGAGACUUGUUUGGAUUAUGUGUUUCUCAGCUAGACUAAAUAAAUGCUAACAAUGGAUAAGUGCAAACACAUUGGGCAGUUGCGGCUUGCUCAAGACCAUUCCAUCCUCAACCCUCAGAAAUGGCAUUGUGUGGACUGCAAUACAACUGAGUCUAUUUGGGCUUGCCUUAGCUGUUCCCAUGUGGCCUGUGGAAGAUAUAUUGAAGAACAUGCACUCAGGCACUUUCAAGAAAGCAGUCAUCCUGUUGCAUUGGAGGUGAACGAGAUGUAUGUUUUUUGUUACCUUUGUGAUGAUUAUGUUCUUAAUGAUAAUGCAAUUGGAGACCUGAAGUUACUACGAAGUACAUUAAGUGCAAUCAAAAGUCAAAAUUAUCACUGCACCACUCGUAGUGGAAGGGUUUUACGGUCUGUGGGUACAAGUGAUGAUUCUUAUUUCUUACAUGAUGGCACCCAAUCUCUGCUUCAAAAUGAAGAUCAAAUGUGUACUGCUCUUUGGCACAGGAGAAGGAUACUAAUGGGUAAAAUCUUUCGAACUUGGUUUGAACAGUCACCCACUGGAAGAAGAAGGCAAGAACAAUUUCAGGAAAAAAUAGCAAAAAGAGAAGUGAAGAAAAGACGGCAAGAAUUAGAGUAUCAAGUUAAAGCAGAAUUGGAAAGUAUGCCUCCAAGAAAGAGUUUACGUUUGCAAGGUCUAGCUGAGUCCACCAGAGUAGAAAUAGUUCCUGUUCAAGUACCACUGCAAGCCUCAGCAUCACCAGCAAAAGAUAAAGUAGUAUCUACCUCAGAAGAUGUAAGACUAAAAGAAGCCAGUGACUCCUCUGUUAAACGAAGACCAAUAGUAACUCCUGGUGUAACAGGAUUGAGAAAUUUGGGAAACACUUGCUAUAUGAAUUCUGUUCUUCAAGUGUUAAGUCAUUUACUUAUUUUUCGACAAUGUUUUUUAAAACUUGAUCUGAACCAAUGGCUAGCUGUGACAGCUAGUGAUAAAACAAGAUCAUCUUAUAAGCAUCCUCCAACCACAGAUACAGUAUAUCAAAUGAAUGAAUGCCAAGAAAAAGAAACAUGCUCUGUUCGCCCCAGACAUCCAAGUUUAUCAUCAGGACUAAGCGGUGGAGCAUCAAAGAGUAGAAAGAUGGAACUUAUACAGCCAAGGGAGCCAAGUUCACAAUACAUUUCUCUCUGUCAUGAAUUGCAUACUUUGUUCCAAGUCAUGUGGUCUGGAAAGUGGGCCUUGGUCUCACCAUUUGCUAUGCUACACUCAGUAUGGAGACUAAUUCCUGCUUUUCGUGGUUAUGCCCAACAAGAUGCUCAGGAAUUUCUUUGUGAGCUUUUGGAUAAAAUACAACAUGAACUAGAGACAACUGGUACCAGGUUACCAGCUCUUAUCCCCACUUCUCAAAGGAAACUUAUCAAGCAGGUUCUGAAUGUUGUAAAUAACAUCUUUCAUGGACAACUUCUUAGUCAGGUUACAUGUCUUGCAUGUGACAACAAAUCAAACACCAUAGAACCUUUCUGGGACUUGUCACUGGAAUUUCCAGAAAGAUACCAAUGCAGUGGAAAAGAUAUUGCUUCCCAGCCAUGUCUGGUUACUGAAAUGUUGGCCAAAUUCACAGAAACCGAAGCUUUAGAAGGAAAAAUCUACAUAUGUGACCAGUGCAAUUCAAAGCGUAGAAAGUUUUCCUCAAAACCAGUUGUACUCACAGAAGCCCACAAACAGCUUAUGAUUUGCCACCUACCUCAGGUUCUCAGACUACAUCUCAAACGAUUCAGGUGGUCAGGACAUAAUAACCGAGAGAAGAUUGGUGUUCAUGUUGGCUUUGAAGAAAUCUUAAACAUGGAGCCCUAUUGCUGCAGGGAAUCCCUGAAAUCCCUCAGACCAGAAUGUUUUAUCUAUGAUUUAUCUGCUGUAGUAAUGCACCACGGGAAAGGAUUUGGCUCAGGACACUACACUGCCUACUGUUAUAAUUCCGAAGGAGGGUUCUGGGUACACUGCAAUGAUUCCAAGCUAAGCAUGUGCACUAUGGAUGAAGUAUGCAAGGCCCAAGCUUAUAUCUUGUUUUAUACCCAGCGAGUUACUGAGAAUGGACAUUCUAAACUCUUGCCUCCAGAACUCCUGUCUGGUAGCCAACAUCCCAAUGAAGAAGCUGAUGCCUCUUCUAAUGAAAUCCUUAGCUGAUCCAAAGACAGUGGGGCUUUCUUCUUGUGAUUUGUAUAUAUACUUUUUAAAAGGGCUGACUUAAUUUUGAGCUUCAUUGUUUUUAUUUUUACUUACUAAUCAGUGCACACUAUGUUUACAUAUUUUGUAUCUAACUACAACAAAUCUUUUUUACAGAGGAAGUUAGCAUAAGUAUAUGUGUAUCAAUGUCAGCAGGUAACUAAACGUUUUCCAAGUACUUGGGAGUUUUAAACUUUUAGUGUUUACCUCAGACUGGUGUUACCUCUUUUAUAUUUCGAUGUCUUAAUUGGCUCAGAUCAUGAAUUUGUGCAAUCUUCUACUGAAGAAGUUCAGGUGGCAUCAUUUUAUACAUUUCUUAUUUAUCUUUUAUAGCUAUUUUCUAUACAAAUUCUUAUCAGACAGAAUAUUAGACUUUUUUCACUAAUAGUCUUACCAAAAAAAAAAAAAAGGCAUUUCUUUCAGAUUUGUAUACUGAAGUCACCUUUGCCCUCUAAAGGGAGUUAAACUACUACAAAGUGAAAUAUCAAGGUAUCACUUAAAUACUCACUGAUCACACUCAUUAAUAUUCCUGAGGCUUUGUGUGUUACAGGGCUCAGAACAGACAUUAUUUUGGUUAUUGGAACUUCCUUUUUUCAAAAAUUUAUUAAGUUUUAAUAAUUGUUCUUUAUUUGGCAUAGUCAAACUGUAUACAAAUGAAGAUGACAGCUUUAUAAAUAGCAUGUUUAAAUGACUUCAGUACUAUGGACAUGAAAACAAUGCUGGCCGAGAUUUAUAAUGAUUGUCUGGCAGUAAAUAGGUUUGUCCAGAUUCUAAUAAAGCAGUCAUAAAAAAACUGAAUGUAGCAAACAGUAUAUUAUGAUAUAAUACAAGUACAGUUCAACUUGGAUAUGAGUUCAUUUUAUAUAUUUAACAUUAGAUCUCUUAAAGCUUUGUACUAUAUUGUAUCUUGAAAUUUUUAGUUUAAAGGGAUAAAAAUAAGUCGAGGAGAAAAAAUUGCAUAGGACACACAAGAUAUUGGCAUCUGGGCAAAAUAUUCAGUAUCUCAUUUUUCUAAAUAACUAAAGCCUGGAUUAAGUUACUCUUGCUAGGAUUAUGUGAAUACUAAGAGCCUCUUAGAUAUUCAAACACUGGGCCCUGACUUUUUUAAAAUUAAAAAAAAUUAACUUGCAUUUUAUUAAAAAUAUAGUAUGUAAUACUCUUUGCUCUUCCCUAACAACCUUAUUAGAUCUCUUUAAAGUCCUACAGCUGCUAAUUUAAUUUUAUUCAGAAAGAUGAGAAUCCAUUAACCUCUAUAGAAGAGCUAUGUAAUAUCUUAGCUAAGUGUUAACCACUGGAAGAUGAUUUAUCUUUUUUCUCAAGUGGGUUUUGCUUGCAGGUUGAAAUCAUUUCAGGCAGCUGAUCGUGAAGUGCAAUGAGAAUUUAUCACUGAACAAAUCAUUCAUGCCAAAACUACAGCUCGAGUAUUAAAUGGCUAAGGUUUAAAAUCAUUCAUCUAUUAAAUACCUAUGCAAGUUGUUACCUCAACUGUUAACAUUAUUAUACCUCAUUAAAGAUUUACUGUGGUCAAGA